AUGGCCAGUUCUAGCAAGGAAUCGGCCACCAAAGUUAAUUUAUUUGGUAAGCGAAAUCCUGAAGAUGAUUUGGAGACCAAACCGUUUCUGAAGAAACAUAAGGAAACCUCUUACCAAACCGUGGAGGACAAGGAAUCUGCCGUAACAGGAAAGACGCUCUUUAUUUGCCGUCUCCAUGACCAAACUAAAAUAUCAGACAUCAUCGAUUUCUUCAAAGAUGUUGUUCAAGUUGUUCGUGUUCGACUCUCUGUAAGCAGCAAGUGUCUUCAUUUGUGCUAUGGCCAUGUUGAGUUUGCUUCUGCUAACGAAGCAAACAAGGCACUGGAAAAGAAAAAUGGUGAAUACUUGCUCGGUUCUCAGAUAAAACUUUUUGCCUCUAAAAAAACUCCAAAGCGUCCACGACCCAACUACAAAGACUACCUUGAACGAGAGAGCCUUCCUAUAGAAGAAGAUGAGACACAGGAAGUAGUCUUUGUAGCCAAUCUCUCUCCCCAAACUAAAAUCUCAGAUAUCAAACACUUCUUCGAAGAUGCUGUUAGUGUUCGACUUAUUGUUAACCCCGAGGGUAAGCAUGUGGGCUAUGCCUUUGUCGACUUCGCUUCUGCUCACGAAGCAAAGAAGGCGCUGAAAGAGAAGAAUGGUGAAUAUUUGCAUGACCACAAGAUUUUUCUUCAAGUGGCUAAGACAGCUCCAUACCCUCCACGUCCCAAGUACAACCUUGCAGAGAAGCUUUGUUACGAAGACUACCUUCGACGACAAAACCUUGUGCUAGAAGAAGAUGAGACAGUUGAAACUCCCAAUUUUGUUGAGGCAGUUGCUGUAAGAAAGAAGACGCUCUUUGUUUCCGACGACACGGGCAAGCAUAUAGGCGAUGGCUUUGUUGAGUUUUCUUCUGCUAACGAAGCAGAGAAGGUGAAAGAGUCAUCUGAAAAGUAUGAAGACUACCUUCGACAAGAAAACCUUCUGAUAGAGGAAAAUGAGGCAGUGGAAGGACAUGAUGAUAUUCUCGAGUAUAUUGAGGAAGUUGCUGCGAGAAGAAAGACCCUUUUUAUCGCCAAUAUCCCUUGCGAAACUAGUAUACCAAGGAUCGUCCAUUGCUUCAAAUAUGUUGGACGAGUUGUUCUUCUUCGACUUAUUGUAGACCACAGGGGUCAGCAUGUUGGCUGUGGCUUUGUUGAGUUUGGUUAUGCUUACGAAGCAGACAAGGCGCUGGAAGAAGGGAGUAAUCGUGAGUUUAGUCUAGACGUGGCUGAGAUAGCUCCGUACCCUCUCCGACCCAAGUACAACCUUGCUGAGAAACUUUGGUCCAAGGUAAAAAGCCUUCUGGUAGAAGAGGAAGAAGAAGAAGAAGAAGAGGAGGAAGAAGAAGUGGAAGAUUAUGAUUUGGAGGGCGGAGUCUGCUGUAAGAAGGUUACUUUCUGUUACGACGACUGA